UCUAGUGUGGAGAAAGGAAGUGAAUGAUGGCUGUAUACUAAUAGUCACUGUAUCCUUGAGUCUUUAGAUCCUUCCCUGCUCUACAAACACUUUAGUACUCGCUAAUUCUCUUAUAUCAUUUGCUUUCCUGUACCCUUCUAACACACUUCAUGAUGGCUUCCCACGAAACGACGCCAAGUGGAGACAUUUACGGUCCUGGGACCUUUGUCGAUAAGGAAUUCCUUCCCGCGCCCCAAGAUGCUAGUCGCAUCUUCGAGUAUAUUGCCAAGCGCACGCCUGGGUUCACUCAAGACCAAGAGCUGUGGAAGACAGUCAGCUUCACUGGCUGCGAGUUGCCUGUUAUCCCUGGCCCGACCAAGGCUCCUCUUGUCGCCGCUGCCUUACAUGCCAUGUGUGGUGUUGUGGCCCACGAGAUCAUCGAAGAUCGCGAUGGUAGUGCAGCCCAGGAUCAGACGGUGAAGGUGAACACCGAUCACGCGGCCAUCUGGCUGGGGACGAUCUUUGCGGCGUCUGUCGAAGGAAAGGACAUGCCUGAAUUGGUACGGUCGCGCAAGCUACCGUCCCUUUUCGAGCGUGAUUUCGAGAAGGGCUGGCAAGCAACGCCUUUGAGACAACGGUCGACUGCGAUCUACAAGACCAAGACGCCAGGAGUUUGGUAUCAGAUUCAUGGCUCCCUGGAUGCCGCGCCUGUUCUGCGUGCUCUAGGGAUGGAUCCCGAGUACCCGGCCCAGACGCCGGACGAAGCCUACGAGUACAUCAGUAAGCAUGUCCAGCAGUGGACUGCAGAUGAGCUCGAGAUGCUCAACGUCAAGAACGGAUUUUGUGGUAGUAUCUGCUUUACGCCGCAAGGGUGGGCGGAUACACUGAUGGGAAAACGACUUGCAGAGCAUCCGCUGGUCGGCUACUCGCGUCAGUCGCAUGCGAUCCCAACUCCACCCGUUCCUUUUGCCACGGUCGCGAACGAUAAGCGGCCACUCGCAGGCAUCAAGGUGAUAGAGCUGGUGCGUAUCAUUGCUGGUCCAGUGAUUGGCAGUACUCUGGCCGCACUUGGUGCCGACGUCAUACGUGUCAACUGCAGUCGCUUGGUGGAUCUCAAUGUCUUGCAACUCACCCUCAAUGCUGGCAAACGCACCAUAGAUCUCGAUCUGACCAAGGAGGAGGACAAGUCACGCCUGCGGGGACUCAUCGAGGGCGCAGAUGUCUUUGUCCAGGGCUUCCGCCCCAACGCAAUCGCGAGAAAGGGAUUUGGUGUCAAUGAUCUUCUCGAGAUGGCCGGUAACCGUGGCAAGGGCAUCGUCUAUGUUGAGGAGAACUGCUACGGCCCCGACGGCCCCUACCACGAGAGACCCGGCUGGCAGCAAAUCGGAGAUGCGGCGUCUGGUUCGUCGUACGUGAUGGGUCGGUCCUUGGGCUUCAAGGAUGGGACAAGCGUCCUACCCCCACUGCCCAUCUCUGAUAUGACAACCGGGCUUGUGGGAGCGUUGGGCGCACUUAUGGCUCUCCGCGAUCGCUCCCGACACGGCGGUUCGUACCGCGUGACGAGCUCGUUGGUCAAGGCUGAUACAAUUAAUCUCGAGCCUGAGAUCGGGCUCUACUCGCCCGAGGUUGUUGAAAGAUGCAGCCAGUUGUUCAAGUGGGGACACAUCGGGCCGUCGCAGUUUGUAACCGAAAUCUUGCUGGUUGUCAUGGAUGGGUGGAAGAGUGUAUUCCCUCAAUACUUCAAGGCUGGUCCUGAAUCGCUGCUCUCCAGCUUUGGGGAAGGACCCUGGGGUGAGAUGGAACUCUUGAAGCCUGUGGUUCAGUUGAGUGACCCCAGUGUAACGCCUCGUUGGCUGACACCGGCUGUGCCUAAUUGCUACCAUGAUCGUAACAUCAAUUGGCUGUGA